UUACAAGCUGUCUUGAGUAUUUCAGAGAAAAUGAAAGUCAAACUACAAAGCAGGGAACAGAGCUGUGAUCUGACAAAGAUGGAACAAGAUAUGUGUCACGAUCCUAACGACAUCAGACUUAGGUUUGUUGAUCGACCGGAUGACAUAACCCUUGAUGAUGAUCCUAACACUCAGAGGAUAGAAAUGCCCUGUGGCCAUGCUGUCACAUCUGAAUCCCUCACAGCCUACUGUCGCAGUCUUCUGGAUCAGGCCCAGUACAAGUUCCUGUGUCCAGCUCUAAAAAAUGGAACAAUUAAUAAGUGUGGGACCGAGUGGAAGUACGUAGAGAUCCGGAGGAUUGCUUUACUGACUCAAGAGGAGCAGAAUUACUUUGAGGAGACUAUGGCUGAACUAGCAGCAGCUAAGUACUGUGAAUACAACCCAUGCCCUGGUUGCAGUUCAUAUAUUGACAGGAAGGAUUUGACCGAUCUGUGUGUACGUUGCACCAUCUGUACAGCUGAUAACGGUAAGAGGUAUGAGUUCUGCUGGCAGUGUUUGAAGACCUGGAAAGGACCAGCACCUCGCUCAGACAAGUGUGAAAACAGCAACUGUGUUAAUCACAACGUUGAGAAGCUGUUAAAAUGUGAGAAUAUAACCCUUCCUCAAGUUGAAGAUAUAGUAUGUCCCUCACUGCGAGCUUGUCCUACAUGUGGAAAACUGAUAGAGCAUGACAGAUCAGGGUGUAAGAAUAUAAUAUGUAAUCGCUGCAAUGUUGAAUUCUGCUUUUCUUGCUUAAAGAUUAAGGCUGAAUGCCUAAAAACAAGCUCAUACUUCAAACCUUGCUCAAAUGGUGUAGCACCUCAGCAAACAUCCAUUCCAACCUGGAGUAAAUAGGUAACUAAAAUCUUGGCAUUUUAUAAUCCCAGAAGGUACAGUUUUCAGUCUCUUUAAAUGUCUCUAUGGCUGUAAAUUAAUACUUUUUAUUCAAUAUAAUAACAAAGUAUAAGUCAAAAGUAUAAAAAAAAAAUAUUAGUCUAAACAUUUUUGUCUGUAAUGUUUUAGAUAAUAAUUAGAUAAGGCAUGUAAUACGUAAACAAUAUACUUAUACUAAAAACUUUGAGUAGUUUCUUGUAGAUUUUAACUUAUUAGUUAGAAAGAAAUUGAGUUAAUGUUUUGCUCACAAAUUUUUUAUGUUAAACUCAUAUGAAUUUUUAUUGUCAGUGAUAACAUUAAUAUAUGAUUUUAGCUAAUGAGUUUCAGGAGUUUUGUUGAUCUAGGCAUUUUAAUAAGUUAAUUGUUUUUAUUUGUUUUUGUUAUUACCCUUAGUAAAUUACUAAAAUAAUAAAGAUUCACAAAUUUUACUCGUAAAAUUU